AUACCCAGCCCUACUUGUAACAGAGUGUGCUCUUCAUUCACAGUGUACUCUUUCGACGGCAUUCUUGUAUUCGGGCUUCUUUUCAUUUGCACGUGUGCUUACCUGAAGAAGGUCCCUCGUCUGAACAGCUGGCUCUUGUCUGAGAAGAAGGGUGUCUGGGGAGUCUUUUACAAAGCUGCAGUAAUAGGCACACGGCUCCACAUCGCUGUGGGGGCGUCCUGUAUGUGUAUGGCGUUCUACCUGAUUUUUCUGAAAUGACCCGGAUGAAUCGCUCUCUCUGGACACUGGACUGAACGCCAAUAGAAAUGAUUGCUGGCGAGUAUCGCCGGCUGCUGGAGGAGAUGCACAGAGAGCCGACUCCACCUGCAGUUUAGCACCCAUUUAAGACCUGCUUUGCAUUUUUGUAAAUGUUUAACUUAAGAUUAGAUUUCGGGUAAACUCUGUUUUAGUUAUGAGUUAAACGGUAACUGAAGCACCUACUUAUGGAUUCAAACGUCACAUCUUUUUCUUGCGUUGUUCUCUCAAACAUGCACACUUUUUGCUUGGGCUUAGAGGGAUACAGUUAAGAAGGCAGAAAAACUAUGUUAUCUUGUACAAAGUUGUUUUUAUAAAAAUGCCAUUUACUGAGAGCUUCCAUAUUUUAGCUUUUGGCAUCCUGAAUGGCUUAUGUCAUUAUUCAAAUGUUUGUAAUAAACAUAAGACCUGUUGUUUGCAGCAUGGAAGUUUUCCAUAGACUUCAUGGAAACUUUCAUGUUAAAAUAGGCAAACUACUCAUGCUAUUAGAUCGAAACAAAACUUGUACAACAUAAUUUUUUGAUACCACAUAUGUCCUGGAAUAUUAUAUUGUACACCAUGUGAAUUCUUUGUAAAGACGUGUCUGUUUGGUUCAGUUUGAUAAAUACACUGCUAACCUGGCUCACAUAAAACCACAAUAAACAUAUGGACAUGCUUUCAUAUUA